AAGCACAUUUACACUGUCCUCGUAGUGAACAGAUUAGGACUGGAUCGAGUGAUGAGGAACGCCUGACGAAAAAGAGCUCAUCCAUUUUGCGCGACCAUUGCUGUUGCUAUAAUAUGACACAUAUCUUUGACUGAUCUGAUAUUUUCCUGAAAAGAAUCGAUCUUAUCAUGAUUGUCACUGUUCAGAUUGUCGUCUGCUUGCUCAAAGAGGCAUUCCAGUCGUUGCUCUUCAGAUAUCGCGAAGGACAUUCAGUCGAUCUCGAGGAAUUGACCAAAACAAAAGGAACUCAUGUGGAGAGGAGAGAGCUUAUAACAGAGGAAUCUGAGCAUGAUUUGAAACAGAGUCCCACUUUACAAGAAUCCGAAAUUGUUUCGCAUUUGGCAAACCCACAAGGAAAUCCUGCUUUCAGUCUGACAGACAUGAUUUCAGAAGAAGACUGGGAUAAUGAUAUUGUGAACCAUGCACAAGAUGACAGCACUAGAUUGCAAACAAACAAUAUUGCUCCUCACAGCAGUGAGGUAAAUUUGCAAGAGAAGAACUUUUUUCUUGGUGUAAACGGUAAUAAAGAUCUACUUUGUGAAGAAACAUCAUCAACGUAUUCCUCUGAUUCAGAAGCUUGCAUGGGAAGUACUUCACAGGAUCAUGAAACAAAUUAUGCAAGGUCUCUUCAUCGUGUGUCACAGAGGGACUGGCUAGAUGAACUUGAGUCACUUUAUUUUUCAGAUAUGAUCACAGAACUCAAGUUAAUUCUCCCAAGAGCCUUUGAAGCCAACAAGAAUUGUUUCGACUUUGUUCUCUUUGUCGUCAAAUUUGCUGAUUUUGAUAUUCAAGCUGGCAAAAAGUCACUAGCUUAUUUGACUCUUGUUGAGUUUGAGGCUUGGUUGAAGUCAAAAACUGAAGGUAGGAGUAUUCAGGAAGUACAGAGGUUGGGAUAUUGGCCUUCUGACAACCACAAGGACCUGGCUUUGGAAGUUGUUGUAUCUUCCACAUUUUUGCUUUUUGAACCAAUAAAAAGGACAUUUCAACUUGAUUCAGGAGAGAAUGGAUUCUUGACUAAACAUGUGAGAUUUUUGAUGCAUUCCAAGAGAAAAUAUAAAGAGGCUGCUACUAUUGCAUACAAGUUAAAACUGCAAAAACACUUUGAAGUAACUGAGAUUUUACUGCCUUUGAUCAUUACGGACAAGUUACAACUAGCAGAGAGCUAUGUGGCUGGCUGUCCUUCAUCUUUACAAUUGUUUAUGAAGAUGAUUGAUGAUUUAUGUGCCAUGACAGAUGAUGAACUAGAGCUGGUAGUUGAGAAAACUGUGUCACCAGUACCAAAGGAUCACAGACUAAAGAACAAGACACUUGUCAAGUUAGGAGAGAGACUGGUGAAGAUGUUUCAUUUGAAAGCAGAGAGUUUUCCCAAUAUAUACAAAGAAAAGAACUUGAAUGGAUUGAGAUAUCUCUUGCAAAAGAAAUAUUCAGAGAAGCAACCCCUUAAUCAGAAAUGGGACAAUCUUAUUGAGACUUCUCUUGGGAAUAACAAGUGGCUACAUUAUAAACUGAUAGAGAGCUUGGUCGAGUUUGAUGAUAUUGAGGAAGCUGCUAGGUGGACCAUGUUUUAUUGUCUACCUCUGGAAUCAGUUCCCCCUGUGGUCAAACAGCUGAUUGACUCCUGGCAAGCUACCAAUGAAGAUUCCGAAGACUGGGAGGCCGAAAUGGAUGGGAAAUCUGAACCCAGGGUGUUUAACAAUGAAUCUUUUGCACUAAGUUCAACAUUUACAAAAUUCCAUCGGCUCCCGCUGCCUCUUGAUAAAAUAUUCUUGGUAGACAACGCCCAGUCCUUAAGAGAAUGUACCAGAGCCCUGUGUGUGCCAGGAAAUGUGGUAGGAUUUGAUACUGAGUGGAGGCCAACGAUGUGUCGCGCUGGAACAGAUGAAAGACUGGCGAUCAUUCAACUCUCCACUUGGAAUGAAGUGUUUAUUUUGGAUAUGAUAUCACUGACAGACAACGUGAAAGACUCUGAGAUGAAACAUUUUGCUGAGACUUUCUUUGCUAAUCCCCAAGUUCUUAAACUAGGUUAUGGUGUUGACUCCGACUUUCGUAACCUGGUUUGCUCCUGCCCUGUAUACGAACACGCUGUAAAACACUUGGCUCGGUUUGUUGACAUCUGUCCACUUAGUAAGCAGAUCCUCAACAUACCAAGUGUUCGACAGAAAGUUGGUGCCCGCAUGCGCAGCGUAUCUGCUAGAGCGCGCGCUUGUAUUGAAGAGGAGCGAGGCUUGAGCGAGCUUGUGUUCCUGUGUCUCGGACUGCCGUUGGAUAAAACAUAUCAGAUAUCAGACUGGGAACGUCGUCCAUUAAGUGAGGAGCAACUGGUAUAUGCCGCUUUGGAUGCUUACUGCUUGCUUGAAGUGUAUGAUGUGCUCAAACAGUGGGUCGUCGAGUCGAGGCUACGAAUCAACAUGGAGCCCGCACUCAUCGUCGCUUGGUUACAACCAAAGAAGGAGAAACCGCGACGCAGUAGACAGAAGAAUCCGAAGCCAGGUACACGUUCCAAUGAUCUGCUUCCUCCAGCGAGGAAAAGAGAACCCAUUCCUCCUCAAUCACUGAGGGUCGUGGUCGAUACAAUGCUGCAGGGCCUGGGUCAGCAUUUGAGAUGCUGCGGAGUGGACGUGGCUAUUUUGGAUAACAACGGUGACCAUGCCAGAGCAGCUGAGAUCGCUAUAAACGAGAACAGAAUCAUACUGACGACUGGUUUACCCUAUGAACAGUUGCGUUCCCUGGUGCCCGAAGGAAUGUGCGUCUGUGUUCCAUGUAUGAAGAUAAGACAACAAGUGUUGGCUUUGAAGAAAUAUUUCAACGUGCAAGUGAAGAAACAAGAUAUCUUCAGUCGCUGUCAGGUGUGCAAUGGGACUGACUUCGUACACGUACACCAGGACCAUAUGAGAAUGGCUAUGGGCAUCUUUCAUGGUCGUUUUCAGGCCCCUUUACCUGGCUACGAACCUGAGCAUUGUCCGGUUAACCUUAUGAACCUCACCUUACCUGGCGGCGUGCCUCUAAAGUUAGGACCGUUACCCGAAGAAGUGGCGGACAGUGCUGAUGUGUUCUUCUGUUGUUCCUCUUGCGGUAAAGUAUUCUGGGAAGGAGGACAUCAUAAAAGAAUUUCUACACAGUUUUCCUACCUUCUGGACAGUUCGUCUCACUUCCGUUGAACUGUAUUUAUCAUGAAUUCAUUGGGAAGAAAUCUCGCGAUUAAGAGAUACCAUUAAAUUCAUUAUGAUGUAGACAAGUAAAGAUCACUGAAAUGAAUCUGAGCGAAACUCAUAGUACACACUAGUGCAACCAUUAUUAAUACAGGGAAUGGUUAAGAAGCCCGGUAAACAUCAAAGAAGCAAACAAACAGGCUAAGAUUUACGUUGGAAGGUCCCUAACCCUGUACAUCUUUUGUUUUAUGCUCACAGUUAGUUGUAUGAGCACUCGUAACCACCUUUUGUAUUUUGCCAGGUUCCAAAAUAGCCCACAAAAACAAAGACCUUUACUGGGUUUCAUAGCCAUUUCCCUCUAUUAACUACGCUGUCACGAAUCUUUUCGAGUCAUAGAUUAAUGUGUUUCUUUGUUUUCGUCCACGUUUGAUUAAUAGCGUUCACGUUUCAUAUUAGGACUGUUAGUGCAGUGUCGCCGUUUUCUUUGAUAU